ACUAUCUGGCAGGGAGACAAGGACGAGGCGGCCAAGAGAUGGAAGGGCAGCCAGCCGCCAUGGCUUCAGCGCUCGGCGGCGCGGGCUGUCCGAGCCCGGCGGCCUCGCCGACCUUGGAGAAAAUCACCUCAGAAAACUCGCCCGAGCCGGAUUCUUACACGGUGCCGGGGAUUUUACACUUCAUCCAGCACGAAUGGACGCGGUUCGAGAUGGAAAAGGCGCGAUGGGAAGCGGAAAAAGCCGAACUGCAAGCACGUGUAGCCUUUCUACAAGGAGAGAGGAAAGGUCAGGAGAAUCUCAAGAAGGACCUGGUCCGGAGAAUUAAGAUGUUGGAAUAUGCCUUAAAGCAAGAAAGGACAAAAUACCACAAGCUGAAGUAUGGAACGGAACCAGUUCAAGGUGACUCAAAGGCAGAUGCGUCUGAUUCGGUUAUAAACAAUGGCCCUGAUACAUCAACCAUAGAACAGAAUAGUCCAUUAUCCUGGAAAGAGGGGAGGCAGCUGCUGAGACAAUAUUUGCAGGAGGUGGGUUAUACAGACACUAUCUUGGACAUGCGGACAAAGCGGGUCCGAUCCAUGUUGGGCCGUUCCAGCCCAGAGCACAAUGGAGCAGCAGAGUCCAACAGCUUGGGACAAAUCCUAAAUGGAGGAGACUCUCCAUUAGUUAAACAGAUAGAAGAACAGAUUAAGAGAAAUGCAGGCAGCGAGACUCGAGAUGGACUACGAAAAUCAGUACUGGAGAAGAUGCCUUUCCUCCAGAAUGUGGAUGACGAUAGCGACGAGGAUGAUGACGAAUUGGAUAAUGUUCCUUCAGAACUCUCUGUCACACAGAGACUAAGCAAGAAACAAAGGAUAGGCACCGAGAUGACAGCUGCUGAUCCUGCCAUGGACUGUGAGACAGUGGAUGCUUUGAGUGAAUUUCACUUCCUGGAGACUGGAGAGGAAGAGGAAAGGGUUGAAGAUUCCAGAAGCUUGGGGGAUGGCAAAGAACUAGGAAACCACCGUUCUAAGCUUCAAGAUGUGUUGACUAAUUUUACAGACAUCGACGGCUUGCCUUCCAUUCCCUCUGGGAUGAUUGGUCAACCUAAGUCAAGCGAAGCUGUUCCCCUUGCGUUUCCCCCGCAUGCUAACAAGCCAUUUAUACUAGGCUCAGAUAGCAUUGGAGAUGGAGAAAUGAGCCUGGGUGAGCUGGCAGACCUGACUGUCACUAAUGACAAUGAUAUUUCUGAUGGUAAGGAUGCCUUCAGGAAGACCUGGAAUCCCAAGUAUACUUUGCGGAGUCAUUUUGAUGGGAUCCGUGCAUUGGCGUUUCACCCGGUGGAGCCUGUGCUCAUGACUGCUUCGGAGGAUCGUACCUUGAAGCUUUGGAACCUGCAGAAAACAGUUCCUGCCAAAAAGAGUACUGCAUUGGAUGUGGAACCAAUUUAUACGUUCAGGGGACAUGUAGACCCAGUAUUAUCGUUAGCAGUUAGUUCUAAAGGGGACCAGUGCUUCAGUGGAGGGCUUGAUGGCACAAUUUGCUGCUGGAAUAUUCCAAGUUUGAACACUGACCCAUACGACACUUACGAUGAGAGUAUUCUGUCCAGAACACUAAAUGGCCACACGGAUACAGUUUGGGGGCUAGCAUUUAGUAUCCCGAAGAACCGCCUCAUUUCAUGUUCAGCAGAUGGAACUGUUAGAUUGUGGGAUGCAACUGCAAAUCCAGCCUGUGUUGGUACAUACAACAAAGAUAAGGAAAAUGGAAUUCCUACCUCUGUUGCCUUUGUGAGUGAUCCUGCUCAUGCUGUAGCUUCCUUCACCAGUGGUGAUGUGGUCAUAUAUGAUCUGCAGACGUUGCAGCCAGUGAUUACCCUGGAUUCUAAAACAUCUGACACUGCUGCCAAUCAGAUUAAUCGGGUUGUCAGCCACCCCAAAAUGCCAGUCACCAUCACCGCACAUGACGACAGGUGUAUUCGGUUCUUUGACAACAAAACAGGAAAAAUGAUCCACUCGAUGGUUGCUCACUUGGACGCAGUCACCUCUCUUGCUGUAGACCCAAAUGGUGUUUUCCUGAUGUCAGGAAGUCAUGACUGCUCAAUCCGACUCUGGAACCUGGACAACAAGACCUGUGUUCAAGAAAUCACAGCACACCGGAAGAAGUAUGAUGAGGCAAUCCAUGACGUCACCUUUCACCCGAGCAAAGCGUACAUUGCCAGUGCAGGAGCAGACGCCCUCGCCAAAGUGUUCGUAUGACACAGUAUCACCUCCCUGGUCUCAUUCCUCUGAGCAGACUGGUAUCUGCUCAUCUAUAAGGGUUGAUCCCACAUUCCUCCCAGAACGGUUGCCUUUGAAUCAGUGAACGAAGAUAACUUGCCCUCCAGCCAUGAAGUUCAGAAUCCUGGGUUUGCAGUCCUGGGUUGUGCCCCCCUCCACACCUUUCAUAACAAAGCUCAGGGUUUGCGUUUAAACCUUUUCAGGGCUUGUGUUCACUGAACUUUCUAGACGAUGUGUAUAUGUUUUAAACUUUCAAAAAAAAAUGAUUUGGUAAAUUUUGUAUAGUUACCCGAUUGUGGGCUGUGUGAAAUAAGUAAAAGAAGUAGCAGAGGCGUAGGUCAAACCUUAUAAAGGUGCAAGAGCGUGUUUUGUGCUGGUGUAAAUUAUUUUUAAUGAUUGGACUACUUUUUUAAUACAGCCUGCUACCGGUGUGGUUAUGUUUUCUUUCCCUGGCCAGUUAUUCAUCUUGUCCCAGUUUAGCAUUGACAGUAGAAUACAGCAGCAGGCACAUAUGACAGGGAUAAGAGUUCAUAACUCCUCUUCUCCUCUUCUCUCUCUUCCCCCCGCCCCCCCCAAAGCAAUACAACAUUGGGGAGAAUCAUGAGGGGGCACACGUGGAAGUGGACCAAGGUUCCCCAACUUGGGCUCGAAAGAAUACGAAUGUAGUAAUGUACAGUUAGGGGUGGCUUGCAGCUGCCUUUCCCCUCAUAAUCUGAGGAUCACUUAGCCCGACGGUGUUGAAUGUACUCUAUUAAUACAAUGGGGUAGAUUUUAUAAAUCCUGUCUGUCCUACUCUGGACAAUUUAAUUUAAAGUAGUUUUUCUGAUUAACCAUUUCCCAUACUGUUCAUUAUCUCCAGAUGGUUAUCUAUUUCAUGCUUCCUUUCAAGACUGAGAAGCCCGCGCUUCUCCAAUGUUUCCUCAGUACUCAAGACUGUUGAUAUGAGGAAUAGUCUCAUUGCUUCUUACUUGAAUGUUUGCCUUGAUCUGACAAGAGCGCUUUACAGUUUGAUUGUGACAUCCCCUGACUUUUGUAUAGUUCACCAUUUCAUUGGCUUGUUGAUUACUGUUUUCCAGUGGUUAGAUGUUUCGAGAUCUGGUAACUCAGCACAGACGGGAAUCAAACCUGGGACCUUCCUGGUCUAUAUGGCCCAGGGUGGAAUACUUUAUGCCAUUAGGGUAACCACUGUGGGGAACUGGGAACGAAAGUGUCACAUAUUUGCCUUUAUCAAAAUUAUGCUGGUACCACAACAGCGAUAACCAGUUUAGGAGUUUUGUUUAUACAAAAUAGCCCUUCAGGGAUUAAAUGAUCCUUAUCGAGGGAGAAUAUGGAAGGGGCAAUAUGGAGUUUUCUACCUUGUCUUUUUAAGCUACUAAAAGGGCAGAUUUGUGAUUUUUUUAUUUGGAAUCAAUAUUGGGACAGAGGUUGCUGGAGGCUAUUCUACCUUUAAACUUAAUACCACAGGAUAGACUUACAUUCAUGUUCAAAUUCCUGAUUUGUCAUGCCAGUGGAUAAAGCUUGGCACCAGGGGUAUAAAAUGCAUGUUUUAUCAUAUAGGAGACUAAAGUACAAUUUAUGCUGUAUGAAUGCAGUAGCCUUUCUGAUUGGCUCAAGAUCAUGUCUCCAUCUGAGACAAAUGGAGCACAAAGAUCCCAGGUUCAGCCUGUGCUGAAUUAGCUCACACUGUUAGCCUCAAGGUUAGAGGACAAGAACUAUCAACCGGAGCUUAAGCUUCUCAUGUCCGCUGACCCCUCUUUGGAAGAUGUUUGAAUAUGGACGCGGGACAAGAUUAGGAUUGUGCCCUGUGGUCAGCUUCCUCAAGCAAAGAGGAGAGAAGAUUGAACAGGCAAAGAUGUGGCACUCUGGACCCUGUGAGCACUGGCAAAAACCUUUUCAGAAAGACAAAAAGCCCUUUCCUUUCCCAUCACAUCAUUUUAAAUGCUAUAUAUCUAUAAAUUAAAAUUAGAGAAUUAGUGCAGGAUUCCAGAACAUUCUGCAAUAGUGUCCAAAGAAUAGCUUUAUCAAAAUCCAAAUCGCCUGGAAUUUUCAGUGAGGUUCUCCAAAUCUCCUAUCUGAACUGUGGUGAUUGACGGAACCUUUAGACAAAGGUUAUAAAUGUCACUCCCCUGGAGGUCUUCCCAAAAUUAUGGUGGGUGAUUGGGAGCAUCCUGCAGAAAUUCUCCCCCCUCAUGCUUUUCAUUCUAUGGUAAAAGUACUGCCAGAACUAAAACAGUUAUUGAAGGGAACAGUAUUUGGGGAGAAAUCUGCACUGUGGUUGCAGAAUCUGAGGAGCUAAUCCUGUGCCAUGCCUUGAGAGUUCAGCUAACUAUGGCAGUGUUCCCAUCCUGAUAUUCAGUAAUACAUUGAGUGAGGUGGUUGGGGGGGGUGGGCUACUGCAAUGAUAUCAUGAGUGUUAAUAUGAAAGAAAUCCAAACCUAUUUCUGACUAUUCUCCCAUAAUAUAGAUGAAAUGCAGUGAGUAGUUAUACCUGUCAGUAUAUCUUUGCUGUCCCCAUGUGAUCAUUUUAGUUUGCCACUUUUGCUAAAUAUGCUAGUUUAAAGUGAAGUAUUUCAAAUUAUACCAGGGAUAAAUGUCAUCUUGGCUACUUUGGUUGGUAAGUUGAAUGUGUAAUAUGGUGCUAAGCCACAUGAAACAACUUGCAGAGCAAGAGAAAAAAGACAUUUGGACUAUCAAACUUGCUCUAUUUAGGAGUCACACAUGAUUAUUUCAAUAUGGGAAUCACCUGCCUGCACCCCAACCUGUCCCCCAAAUCUUAUCCAUCACCCACUGAUUCCCUAGUGAAGGAGCAGUAAGUUCACUUCCAUUGGGUGGGUGCAAGGAAUUGAAGCCGUGUCUUAAUACCUCCAUGUCGCUGAUCUGCCCCUGCCCAACAGAGAAUUGUCUUUGCUCCCUUUAAAGAUGUUAAUUGACCCCCAAAUCAACCACCUUCUCUAGGAGUCCGUUCCUUGUGUCCACUCUGUUGUGGUGGGCGAAGGAUCUCAGAUUCAGGUUGUGUUCUGUGCUGAGACAAUGCAACUGGCCACUGUGCUAAGAAAGGGAUAUACCAGCAUGAUAUGCUGCUGAUCACUAUCGGGUGGCCCUUGCUGGAACUUGGGCUUGAGGGUGCUUGGGUGAAGUCAGGAUUGGUGUUAAUUCUAAUGUUUUUCCAUAGCGAAACAAGCUGUUAACACUCACUAUCCAGACUUGUUCCUGGGUGAAGUGCUUGACAGCUGCUAAUGGAGUUCGUACCUCAACGUUAGAAUGUUGCCUUCAGAAGAAGAGGAAAAAGGGAAGUUAAUAUAUCUUUUCUUUGAACUGCACUGGGUAAACAAUGGCAACCUCCCAUCUUCAUUUCUUAUUAAUCACAUAUAGAUUAUUUACCAGGAGACCAACGCUACAAUAAACUGUUAAUUCUGCACCAUAAAUUCAAAUUAAGGAAUGGUAAUCCAUUUAAUUAGUACAAAGUGUUUUCUAAAUAAAACUAUAGCCAAUAAUGUUUAAAAGUGAAUACAGUACAGAAUGUAAAUACACAGGGGACAGUAGCACCAAGAGGCAUCCUCUCAGAGAUAUUUUAAAUACUGCUUGCUUUCUACAGCAUUGUUGGUUAUAGAUAGGUUUGCAUCCAGUAAGGAUUAUUUUUUUUUAAAUAAUUCUUUGGGCUCCUUCAACAUUUCAGUGAGUAGAUGUGCUGUACAGACCAGGCAUAUCUUCAGUUUAAUCCCCAGUAAGUAGAGAGUUAGGCAGUUCUCAGUUAGGCCAGGAGUUGGCAUGCUGCAGAUGGUCUCGGCGCUAGGCAGGGUGAAAUAAAUUGGACAAAAUUCCUGCUACUGAUGGCUAUCAAGUUGCGGAGGAUGGGGAUCACUAGGAAAUUAUGGGCACUGGAUCAAUGCAGGUCUGAGAGGGAUAGGGGUACUUCUAAGGUAUGUGGGCAGUGGAUGAAGGCAGGUCAGACUUGAUUGUAAUGCCUUCCACAUUUGUUUAGCUCACCAGUGCUUACUCCUCCGCCCGCUAAAUUGGCAACCAAAAUCUUUUCUCUUGGUCGAAACACAUUUUAUUUCUUAACGCUUUUUCUUCUAGCUCAGCAAUAGCUUGUAAAAUUGAAGGGUAUUUUCAGACUCGUGUUUCAGCGGAAAAAUGCACUUUCUUGAUGUGGUGAGUCAUAUAGAUCAGGAAUGUCCUUGAGUUCUAUCCUCUCAGGGUUUCUACAUGUGAGAGAGAUGGGGCAAAUCAGACAGCUUUCCUGUUUGCUAACCAUUGACUUGUGCUGGAAAGAGCACUUGUGUGGUCUCCACGUGAACUUAGUAUCAGUCUUGCUGUGAUGUGCACCCUUCCCCUUACCUACAGAUCACAAUCAAAUAGCUCGACAGCACUCAAUGUCAGAGAUAUAGAAUGGCUUCCUACGGUCACGUACAACCUUCAAGAAGAGAGGAGUGGAAAGGGAAUAUUGUGAGCUGUGAAGAAUUAGAAUAAUUUUAUUAUAUUGCGAGCUAAGCAAAAUGUAUAAGUUCUUACAUAAAUGUGAACAAAAUGCCUCGAGGUGAUAUUGACCUUUGUUUAUUUCAGGACUAACAUUUUCUUCAUGUGGAAUUUAACAAGUAUAACCAAGCUGUGUAGCAAUCUAGAAAGCAAAACUUACAAAACAAAUACAGUUCAAACAAAGACAUUGACAAUUUAUAUAUAUAUAUAUAUAUAUAUAUAUAUAUAUUUUCAGUUCAUUUAUAUUGUAAAAGGUAUCAUUACUGUUCUAUGGAAUUCAAAACUACAUUCUGUUCAGUGGGACUGUCCAAAGUUUUUGUCUCCAUGAGCUGAAUAGGUGCAUCUGUUGGAAUCUUAGGGGCCACAUAGAAAGUUUAAAUCCUGCUUCCCAUCUGCCUGAAGCUGCUGCUACUACUGGCAAGCUUGAUGCUCUGAUUUCAGAUCCAUCCGUCAAUGAGCCAACAACUCCAAGAACCAACCUUUUCCAAACCGCCGGGCCCACAAAAUGCAAACAAGGCAAAUUAGCAAAGGAGAAAUGUGGGUACAAAUAAGAUUGAAUUGUCUAGGCCUCGUGGACCAUGCUUUGGACACCCCUGCUGUAUAGGUGCAUUUCCCAGUCAGAGGUCUUCUGGCAUAAGUCCCUUUGCUGUGCAAAUCUUACACCUGUUAUUAAAUUCCUGUCAACGAGAUUCCUGAAUGUACACUCCCUGGCAGUUUUUACAAAUGAGGUUGUUUAAUAAUAGCAAGCAAGCUGGCAGGCCAGCUCAGUCUAUGCAGAGAACAAAAUGCUACUUGGAGCAAUCUUGAGAGUGGGGUGUUUAUACAAAUGUGUAUUUCUAAGCAUUACACUGCUGAGGGUUAUUUUUAAUUUUAAAAACUAAAUCACUUAGGAGUUUGGCACUAUCAGUUGGGUGUUGCAGAAUUAGGUUAACUUUGUAAGCAGCCAGGAUCAUUUGACUCCAGAAUCUUUGGUGACAGGAAUUUUUUGGUUGCAAGUAGGAAAUUCAAGACAACAUUGGGAUUUUGUAGAGGGAAUGAAAUGUUGGUCACUUAAAUCCAGGUUUAAGGUUUCAGUUCAUAUUUUUAAUCCUGAUUGUUUAUAUUUUCUUCUUUGAGGUCUCGUCACCAGUUUCCUUCUUGAUAGUUUAGGUGGACCCCAGUGUGAUAACGAAACAGAGUGUGGUCAACGAAAACCAUAAAUAAUUGUUUGAAAAAGAAACAAAGGGAAUCAAUAGGUAACUAUCUUGGAGGCUUUUUCAGAAUUUCUUCCCCCUAACAUUAAAAACAGAAAUCAUUAACAUUCUUCAGGAUGUACCUUGAUGGGAGAUGAGUUCUCAAAGUUCAGACUGGUCAUUUGACUUUGGAAAAAGGAGACCCUGGACACAGUGCUAGCGUGUAUGAAUCUAAAUGUUCAUAUUCUGGAGUGCCUUUGUUUUUGAAAAGUUCUUUUAUCUUGCCUUUUGCCUUUUUCUGUUGUUGUAUGUGCCAUUCUCCUCCACCUUCCCAUUUCCCCCCACCCACAACCGCACCCCAAACACUUUUAAACACCUUUAAACACUUUUUAACAAGGUCAGCCUGAACCUGCAGGACCGGCCCUACUCUGUCCCCUCCCUAAAUUUCCCUUUGUGAAACAGGCAGCCUCAACCAGCCAGCUAGUCACUGACCACAUUUUUGUGGGUCAUUAUUGCAUGGUCAGUUUACUGCAUGUCCUGUUUUCUUACAGUCAGAUGUACAGUCAACAGUGGAGCUACUUGUCUGCAGUCAGUUGUUUGCAGCAUAAACAAAUCUCAUAAGGGCUUUCCUGCUGUAGUUUUGGUGAUAAGCUGGUACUAAGGAUCCUGGUGCAGCGAAUGAGCCCACAACCAACAUCAACCUCUGGCCAAAAUUCCUUUCACCACAUUCAUGCUGGCCACCAUUUACUUCAAAUGUGUUCUAAUUAAAAAAUAAAUAAAUUGUGUUCUGCUAAAUGUUCUUUUUUGAAGUAAAUGGUGGCCGGCAUGAAUGUGGUGAAAGGAGUUUUGUCCAGAGGUUGAUAUUGGUUGUGUGCUGUCCAAUUUGCUGAUGCCAAAAUCUUGUUGAUGCAAAUAACUUGGGUUACUUGGAAUCAUUUUUAUCCUGACUUCCAAUAGACCGGGGUUGAAAGAAGUGGUUGGGAGAUCAGUCCAAUUCUUUGCCAAUGUUUAACUGUCCAGUAGGAAAUCAUACGAUGGGAUAGCUAUUAUAUUAAUCCACCUUAUUUUUUUUCCCUACUUUGAUGCCCUGGCCUUAGAAUAAUGUCUUGCUUUGACCAAGAUAGGAUUUCAUUAUUUAGGUAGAUGGGGCUAUUAAAGCCUUCCUUUUCCCGCCUCUCAAAAGAAAGUAUGAGAUUCCCACUCCCAACAUCAUUAAAAUUGGGAGAGAAGUUUAAUUUUUGGAGAAUUCCUUUCCUGCAAUAGUUGCAGUUUGGUUGUUCCACACAUUUUUUUAAGUUUUGCAGGAACUGUUGUUGCUUCCUGGGUCUCAUUUUGGUAGCCAGUUGGCCUCUUAACCAUCUCCCACCAAAUGAUUCUGUCUCCCUCCCCACUUCUGCUCAGAAAACACAAUAGUACCCGAGCCCUAUAUCACUGCCAACAAUAAGCAAACUAAUUCUGAAAAAUGUCUGGUUUGAAAAAAAUGCUACAUAUGCAGUUCUUAAAAAGAAAUCAAUGCAAGACUUUGGAAAGUGCGUGACUGGGGUCUUGUUUGCAGGUUCUCAGUGGGACAGGGUUAAUCUCUCAAUCCCUUUUUAAAAAGAAUAACUUUUUCUUCCUCUAUGAAUUUAUUGCAAAGGAACUGUAUAUUGUGUAAAAUUUUAAAUAUGUGAUAUUUUGUACAUCUCACUGUAUCUCAAAUAGUUGUGUAUUUAUCAAAGACUACUGUAACUCUUUUUUAUGGCACUUGUUUUCAUGUCUAUUUAUUUUACUUCUGUCUUGAUUAAUCAGUGAUGUUCUGUAUGUGAAAAGGUCUGAAAAUAAAGUGUUUGUUUUCUACAGA